GCGGAAUACCGAUACUGUCUGAAGUUGAACUAACUGCCUCGUCAAAAAGAGGCCGUUGGAAUAGUCCGUCCCUCACCCUGUGCGAUGCCAAAGAGUGAGGCCUGGCCAGGUGGCGUCACCAUGGAGACAGUGGCCAGUGUGGACAGUGCAGGCAGCUGUGAGAGUAUGGUCAGCAUCAGCUCGGGUUGUAGUGAUGACAGUCUGGAUCAGCUCUCUGCGGAGGAGAGGGCGUGUCUCAUGUUCCUGGAGGAGACGAUUGAGUCGCUGGAGCUGGAGGAGGACAGCGGCCUGUCCAACGAUGAGCCCGACCUCCUGCCCCGUCCCGGCAGCCUGGCUGCAAAGAUGGCUGACCUCUCCUCCUCCCUGGGCCGGAGCAGGCUGGACUUUAUCAAAAAUCAUCCUCAGAGCGUUCCUAUGAGGGACGGGGGGGGGGAGGGCAGGCCUCUGCAGGGCUACCUGGUGCCCACCCCGCUGGUGCUGGCCAGCGGCCGAGAGAAGGGGCGGGGGGACCCCCCCAGCGUCCCCGCCGAGGUCAGUGUGGUGGUCCUCAGCCCUCCGGCACCCUCUGGAGACACCCCCAGCGAGCAGAGGGGGCAUCUGGGGGGUCAGGGGGGUCAGGGGUCUCGCUCCGCCACCCCCAGGGGACCCCUGUCCUACGAGGGCCUGCUGCAACUGAGGAGCUGUGUGUCCCAGAGGAAAGCCAAUCAGAGCGCCUCUGAAACCACAGACAGCCCCAAGCCAGACACCCCACACCGGUCCCCGGUGCCUCACGAGACCCCCAAACCCAAAGCGAGCCCUCCUGCAGUCGCCCCAAAGCCCAGAAAGGUCCCAGCCAGCGUUCUCCUCUCGGCCCACAAAGCGCCGGUCCCAGACUCUGGCGUGACCUGCCUGGGUACCUCCCCGACAGAGAGGGGUGUGGGGGACCCGCAGAGGGUGAGGAGGGAGGCGCUGCGGAAACUGGGGCUCCUGCAGGACAAGGAGGACGUUUCAGGACCUGCCAGAGGAACGGCCCCAGCCCCGCCCAUGUCCCUGCCCCCAGCCCCACCCACGCCCCCUCUGCAGAACCCCUCCUGCAGCCAGGGCCGCCCACGUUCGCAGAGUCACCUACCUGACCCCCCCGCUGCGCUCCCAGCCCGGUCCCUGACCCUGGAGCGCUCGGAUGUAGGGCUGAGGAGCGGGAGUCACACCCCCCACAGCCUGCAGCUCCGCCCCCGCUCACGCACCACCUCUCUGGGGGACGGGAAGGACGUCAAGGAGGCACCUCUGAUACCCCGACACCCCAACGGCGUCAGCCAGGUCAGACAGGAGGCGCUGAGGAAGCUGGGUCUGCUGCGGGACUGA